AAGAAAGCUUGUGAGACUUGUUUCAAAGUGUGUUGUUGUUGUUACUGCUGCUGUUGGCGCUGUUGGAUAGAGACACGUCUUGUUCCACAGAGAGUAACAGGAUGAGUGCAGCAUCUCUGAGUACCGUGGAUGACUUCGUUUCAGCUUGCCGGCAGCUAUGCGCCGAGCAGAGAUAUCCCAUGGUGGCGAUGAAGGCCAAAUCAGACCUGCCACACAUGAGCGCGUCAGUGGGACGAGUAGACGCAGCGUUCGAAGCAUGUACGUCUCCCAAGUUCACAACUAUCAUGGUUGUCCUAUUGGCAGCCAAGGCCAAGCACAACGCGUUGUCUGACUGGAAGCUUUUUGUAUCGCAAGUUCAGGCCAUGGUCACGGUAUCCGACCGAACGCAUAUUUUGUUCGUGCGAGAUUUGUUUGAUCUGGUUGUUCACGAAAUGACUAACUUGCUGCGAGAGAAUGGCGCACCUGCGGCGGGUAUUCCCGUGGUGGACGCUGCCAUUCGCCGCGUUCAGCCGGACCUGCGACUCCUGACGCCUAUCCACGCCGACCUGUGCCUUCUGUGUUUGCAAUGCAAGAACUUCAAGCCAGUCAUGGAGUUUCUCGAGACGGACGUGCAGGACUUGGCUGUGGACGAGAAUGGGAAAUUUGACUCGCUCUACUUCGUGCUCUACUUCUACUACGGCGGUUUGAUCUACUGCGCACUCAAGUCCUUCCGACGGGCGAGUUUAUUUUUUGAAGCCGCCAUCACCUGUCCUGCCACGGUCACCAGCGCAGUGGUCAUCGAAGCCUACAAGAAGUUCACGCUGGUUUCGCUAAUGCUGGAUGGUGACAUGCCUUCCUUACCUAGCUACACAAGCGCGUGCGUGAGCAUGUCAUUACAACUGUCGGCUAGUAUCUAUAUAGAGCUGGGUGAUUUGGUUAAAUCGUUCCAAGUAAGAGAGUUCCUGUUGUUUGUGCAGCGCAACGAGCUGAGCUUCCGCAAGGACGAGAACUUCGGGCUCGUCAAGCAAGUCCAGGACUCGCUGUACCGCCGCAAUAUCCUGCGCCUCACCAAGGCCUUUGUGACAGUGUCGCUCACUGACGUAGCACGCAGGGCUGCUCUACCCGACGCACAGACGGCGGAGAAGUACCUGCUCGACAUGAUGGUGCGCGGCGAGAUCUUCGCCACCCUGGACCAGCAGAGCGGGGUGGUACGCUUUCACAGCAACCCGGAGCUGACCAACAGCAGCGAGGUGGCCGAGGAGCUGGGCAAACGCGUCCGGGACAGCACCGAGACGCUCGCACUGCUGACUAAGCUGGCACGCCAGGCUGACGUGAACCCUGGGUACCUGCGCCGCAAGCUGGACAUUGCGCAGAACGGCAGUGCACCAGCAGGCGGGUACUCGGACGGCCUCGCGGAAAAGGACGACGUCGAUUUUAACAUGUCACUGUAGAGAAAGCUGUUGCCAUUAGUAACACACGGAUGUGGCUAGUCCGGCUACUAGGCCAUGUGGCUAGUCAUGCUACUAGGCCAUGGCGCCGUCAUGUGUUUCUACUCCCGCUGCUGCUGCACAGUGCCCUGUUGCAUAUCGACUUUGUGUUGCCACGGCACAACCGUUCCUCCGCCAGCCUAACCGGCUACCGUCACCCUAGCAACUGUUACCAUGGCUUCUGCUCACACAUAACGACCGGCGUCAGUGCUAACAUGACGUGUGAUCAUCGGACUGCGCCAACAAACGAUGCGUGCGUGAAAACGUGCCGUGUGCUCAUCAUCAUCAGCUAUACUGGUGACUACGCUUGGACUUGUCUCACUCUCACUCUAUGUAGAUACUGUGCUGCUGCCUGUGUCGAAAUGAAUAACAUUUCCACAUGUCCCAUGCCAAAACUGAAUAAUGUUGCUUUACGUUGAGUUGCUGUUCAUAUCAUUUGCACGAAAUUUCCUCCGACAUCAUCUGCUUGUUUUUUUUAAACAUUCAAAUAUUCUACAGUAAGUCAGCACGCCAUGCAACAACGAAAACAAGGUGAUCAUGAAACUCUUGUAUCAAAUCUCACGGCGGUUGACACCACAUGCCCCCGGCACUGUACAACACACAUGCUGCAUGCGUUGCACAUGUAUGCGCCAUGCCAUGUACCUGAAAUAUUUUCUCCCUUUUCAAUCGAACCUUUUUCAACGACUCUUAUGGUGUAGGCAAUAAUAUGUACGCUUUUUUUAGCAGUUGAUGUUUUAUAACUGUGUUCUAUCACUGACAGUAUUCGCAGAGCA